CUGCGCCGUCCAAGUCAGAAUGACUUUAAUGGCUGUACCGUAUUGUUUGUAAUAGCAGUAUGAGCAUCUCAAAGGCCUAGCCCGUGCGGUCCUUUGCAGCAGCGUUGGUAGUCAUCAAUGAUUAAACCGCAGUCAGCGCCAACACAAUACUGCUUCUUCCCGUUCCCACAAACUAGAGAGGAAACGGAGCGUCCUGCCAUUGCAGGGAGAAGAGAGAGGGAAAGAUUGCCAGAUGAGCGAGAAACGGGUGGGGGCCAGGGUGAAAAUGAGAGUUAAAGAGAGUUCCUCCAUCUGUCUACAUGUGAUCUUGCACAGAAAGCUAGGUUUAAGCUUAUUAUCAGACACUUGCCUCUGACCCGUGUUACAUCGCAGAGCUGCGAGAAGCAUGAAGAUACGUUGGAAUGGAGGGGGUGGGAUACGGUCAAGUAAAAGUAAAAAUAGAGUCUUUGUCUCUAUUUGUAAGUCUUCUGUCUGCAGUACAGCCAUUCAGACAUAUCGGGGCCUGUGGGGGGCGGGGGGUGAAACGAGCCGCAGAAUGAGACAUUUGCACUGAUUUCACAACAUUGUAAAUAUUCAUUCACUUUGUAAAUGCCAAGACAAUGCAGAGUACCUCUUGGAAACACUAGAAUUAAAAUAUAACAGACCCAUAAUGGCUAUACCAUUCUAAGCUGUUUGUGAAAAUUCUGCACGUGUAUUUCUUGACUUGAUGUUCAAAACAGAAUGUAUUGUUUAACACCUUUGUCUUUAGUCUUUUUAGCAUCCGAUUGAUGUCACAUAUCAUCACGAUAAUUUCAUCAGGACAUAAAUCAGAACGGGGGUGUUUCUGUAAGUAUAGCACUGCCUCUGUGGUAUGUGUUAAAUGAGUUCAGAACGCAACAAUGUUUCUCUUCGUGACAUUCAAUAAAAAAAGAUUCACCUCAGCCGAGUAAUACACUUCGAGUAUUUCCUUGUUUACUAUAAUCCAAAAUCUAAGGAACCAAUAAACUUUCAUGCCGAUGCAAAGCCACCACAGGUAAAGUACACUUUUAUAUAACAACACCGACAUUCCGGCAUCGGAACACACUCGAGCGCUCAUGUGAUAUAGUUUCUCUGAAAUCAUUUUAAUGUGCUGUGUAUUAUUUGCAAAGUGCAAGGAAUAUGUUUUAUUAUUCCCAUUAAGACCCCCCACGCCUCCCACCCCCCCACACACACUUCCAUAACACACACCCCUCGGGCCGUUGUUCGCUUGCGCUGCGCAUAAGUGCGUUUAUCAGCCGCCGGUUGUUAUGGGGCCCAACAGAAGGGAAGACAUCGGCACAAAGAGAAGCAAUUUAACGCGCCAAAGACGCCGAGUUGUAUUGCGCAAUGUCACCGGGAACCAGAUGACGAUUGUAAAAGUAGAUUGCAAGAGAAUUAGCAAGAGAGGAGGGCAAAUUGCAAAGUGCAAAUAGAUAAAAGCCAGCGGUACCACUUGCACAUACACACACACACGCACACACACACACGCAUACAAAGAAACACAAAUUACUAAAUUUUUAGUAGGAUACAAAUUAAAACGUGGUACAAUAUCCCCACUUAUCCCCCUCCUUUCCUCGACAAUACUAAAAUAAUUUGUUAGUUUAACACGUUCUAAAAAUGUGCAACCAACAUGUGCGCACACAUCCUGUCCUCCACCUUUGAGUAUAAAAACCCGAGUGAACGAAUACAGAAUGAGAAGCUUACCAAAGGUCAGGGUGUGGUCAGUUUAUGCCUUCUUGCCCCCAAUUCCCACACGAAAAAAAGUGAUUUAAAUGUAGUAAACCGACUUACUAUUCCCCUUGUUUGCUCAACAUAUGUGAAAUGAUGUCUCUUUCUCAUACAUAAUAAUGUGUAACCUAUGUGAAUUUAGUACAUCCAUCCAUCCAUCCAUUUUCUGAGCUGCUUAUCCUCACAAAGGUCCGGGAGUGCUGGAGCCAAUCCCAGCUGUCAUUGGGCAGGAGCCAGAGUACACCCUGAACUGGUUGCAACCAAUCACAAGGCACAUGAGACAGACAUCCGUCGCAUUCACAAUCACACCUAAUGCAAUUUCGUGUCCAACUAAUGCAUGUUUUUGGGAUGUGGGAGAAAAUUCCGAGUGCCCAGAGAAAACCCACGCAGACACGGGGAGAACAUGCAAACUACACACAGGUGGGGCCGGGAUUGAACCCCAGUCCUCAGAAAUGUGAGGCCAACGCUCUCCAGCUGCUCCACCGUGCCGCUGAAUUUAGUACAUUGAAAUAUUUCUUUCAGUACUUAUCCUCAGCCAAUACUGCUUUCCACACACACUCCGUCUGUCUUUCUGCAUGUGCGAUCAGACUCCCCGUGUCUCCUCUCGCCCUCAGCAAGCUCACCCCUCCUCCCAUUCUGCGAUCAACUAAGUGAUAGCAGCACCCUGUCGAACUGUCGGCUAUAAAACACAACAAAUCAUAAAGUGCAGGCUGGGGAAGCAGAUGAAGGGCGACUGGAGAGAGAAGCGUUAGCUGUUAGCCGAGAGCCUCCUUUUUUUUUUUUUUUUUUUUCGCGUGCACAUAGUUGUUGUUUGUCGCCCGCCAAUUCUGCCCUUUGCUCCUUUCCUCCGUUAUUAGCUACGUUCUGAGCUUCCAGACCUAAUGAGUUCCUAUUUUGUCAACUCCACUUUCCCCGUUGCGCUGUCGGGAACGGGCGGAGGCGGUCAGGCAGCUGAGUCCUUCUUAGGUCAAAUCCCUUUGUAUUCCUCUGGAUACGCUACAGAUCACCGGAUCAGACAUUACCCGGGGGCUGCGGCUGUAACCGCAGUGGCGGCAGCUUGCAGUUCCAGCGCAGGUGGCGUGCAGGAGAAUCUCUACCCCGCUUCUGCCUACUACCAACAGACGACUAACAGAGUGUAUGGGGGGCAUCGGACGGCGGCAGGGGUCGGUGUAAGUGGCGCAAGCGGAGCAAGCGCAUGUGACUAUGCUAAAGCUGCAGCGGCGGCGGCAGCGGCGAGGUUCUAUCCGGACAAGCACGACACUUGGAGCCUGGAGGAGCAUCGAAUCACGCUGAACCAGGACGGCCUGCGCAGCAAGACAGACUGUGCGAGUUUAAGUGGCAAGGGGAUCUUUGGUGACACCGUGGAUGACAAGCAGAUGGGGUCAGCCCACAUUUACCCGUGGAUGCAACGAAUGAACGCGUGCAACGGGGCUUUUGGGAGUCCCGGAAGACGUGGGCGGCAGACUUACACCCGCUACCAGACACUCGAACUGGAGAAGGAGUUCCACUUCAACCGCUAUCUCACGCGCAGGAGGCGGAUCGAGAUCGCGCACGCGCUUUGCCUCACUGAGCGCCAGAUUAAAAUCUGGUUUCAGAACCGAAGGAUGAAGUGGAAAAAGGAAAACAGGAUGAUGAACUCGUCAUCCUCCCCUUCUUCAUCCACAGCCAACGGGGUCGAAAAAAAGGAAAAACGGACGGUGUGAGCGUAUAAAGAAUAAAAUACUCACAAACGGGCAAGAAAACGUGGAUAUGAAUCCUUUCUCAUCCUCUUUCUUAAAGAUCAUUCAAUCACCCAACGCCUUUGUUCAGAAUUUAGAACUUUUGGAAAGUGAGCCCUCCCUCAUCAUGUUAUUCAAGUCACGAAAUACAUUUCGUUUGUAUGUGCGUAGUCCGAAAGAAGAAAAUGAAGAACGCUUUAGAUGACACAGAGGAUGUCCAGGGGCGAGAUAGUGCAUUUUGCAUUGUGCGUUUUGAUGCUUUUAAACCAAUUCGUACAUAACUUAGUCGUUUAGGCGGUAAUGUGCUCUUUAACAAGCCAUUUCAUGUACAUUCCAACAAAAUGUAAUGAGUUACACCCGUUUUUACUGUCCUUUUUCUCUGCAAGGGACUUGAAUUUUAAUCAAUUUAUGCACUCGUUGAGUAGUCCUACCCAUUAUUUACAUAGACGUGUGGUAAAGUUCUAGUCGGUCCAAUACAUAAGACAAGAUGAAGCGACACCAAAUCUUUACGAUGUGUUAUGUGGCAAUCAUAUAUAUAUAUAUAUAUAUAUAUAUACACAGAGACGCACGCGCGCGCAUACGUACAUACACUACAUACAAGCAGCUUCAAAAUCCCUAUACAUAAAGACCAUAUAAGCAGUAUUUUACACUGGUGGUACACAGAGGUUUUACUUUUUUCAUGCAGAGGUGGUGGUCUGGGGAAUAGCAAAUUGUAGUUAUUACUGAAACUACAUAAAAUAUAUAGGAAGGUCUACAUUUAGAAGUUGCCUAAUUUAUGGAUUUUUUUUUUAAUGUUUCGUUAUCAUGUCCGUGUUUGUCAAGUACUUACCAAUAUUAACUAUAUGUCCAAUAAAUUGUAAGGGAAAGUAAAUUUAAGUGUGUAGAUGAUUUGCCU